AUGUCGUUAGUGAUUGUCCAUGGGACCGAAGUGGACCCAACCAAGGUCAAUGUUGUGAAUAAUUGGCCAAUACUUGCUAAUCUUGGAGACAUGAGGAGCUUUUCAGUUGACUCAAAAGAAGUUAAGUUCAUUUGGUUUGAAGAUUUGAGAAAAAGCUUUCAGGUGUUAAAUGACAAAUUAGUUUGUACUCUAAUGUUGGCUAUACAAAAAGGUUCGGAUGGAUUUAUGAUUUAUAGUAAUGCAUUCAACUUAGAAUUGGGAUGUGUUGAUGCAAAAAUGGGAAGGCCACAAAAUGGCCCGUCACAUGAGCCGUCCCGUGGGGCUCGAUGUCUCAAACCUCGACCUGGGUUUGCUCUAGCAUUUUUCGAGCCAAGCCAUGGGCAACUCAACGAACUAAAUUGA